AGACAACGAAAGAGUUGUUAAAAGCAAAUGCAAGUAAAUACAAACAGUGUUGUUUCUUGCCACAAAAAGGGGAAUAUUUUUGUUCAAGAUAGAGAGCUCAAGCAAAAUGUUUACAGAAGCCGAAACAAUAUGUUUAAUGAAAACUAUUGUAAACUGGCAACUUUAUUUCCAAUUGGAAUCCAACUGGAAAGCAUAGCGUCGGCUGUCAGUUUGGGCCGCUAUUUGAAUGCAUCAAGUGCAUUCUAUUCGCGUAAAAUUAUUUUAAAUUUGAAUUUAAUUUCUGCAAUGCGCUAUGGAGUCCAAAACUACGCUGGUGCAUUGGUUUCGCAAAGGGCUACGUGUACACGAUAAUCCUGCAUUAGCGCUUGUAUUCUUUAAAGCCCUGAGUCAACCGACAAAAUAUUGUGUGCGCCCGAUUUUUAUUCUCGAUACUGCGUUGUUGGAAUGGUUGCGCGUAGGCGCGAAUCGUUGGCGUUUUCUCCAGCAAACACUAGCAGAUUUGGAUGCAAAUUUGCGUGAACUCAAUACGCAAUUGUAUGUGGUACGCGGCACGCCAACUACAGUUUUUCCACGUAUCUUUAAGGUGUGGCGUGUUGGUUUGCUAACAUACGAAACGGAUAUUGAACCAUACGCGCUGAAACGCGAUGCAGAGGUGGAACGUUUGGCUAAGGAAGCGGGCGUAAAAGUGGAUACAUUUUGCUCACAUACUAUAUAUAAUCCAGAUUUAGUGAUACAACGUAAUGGUGGUAAUGUGCCACUAACGUAUCAGAAAUUUUUAAGCGUUGUCGAAAAAAUCAGUGUGCCGUUGCCGGUGGCGAAGCCGGCGCCAUUGGUAGUUGAACAAAAGCCACCAAAGGAUACAAUGGAGCAAGAAAACAGCAACUGCUACGCAUAUCCGACAUUAGAUGAACUUGUUAAGCGUCCACAGGAGUUGGGCGAAAACAAAUUUCUGGGCGGCGAGACGGAAGGUUUACGUCGCUUGGCUGCCUCGCUUAGCAACGAAUCGUGGGUUGCCGCCUUUGAAAAACCCAAUACCUCGCCGAAUUCGCUUGAAGCCAGCACCACUGUGCUUAGUCCUUACCUAAAGUUUGGUUGCCUUAGCGCGCGUUUAUUUCAUCAGCGUUUAAUGGAGAUACUAAAGCGUCAAACAAAACAUACCAAACCGCCCGUUUCAUUGCUGGGACAACUGUUAUGGCGUGAAUUUUACUACACAGCCGCCGCGUCAGAGCCUAAUUUCGAUCGCAUGUUAGGCAAUAAAUUCUGCAUGCAAAUACCAUGGGAAGUAAAUGAAGCGCAUUUGUCAGCUUGGACGCAUGGGCGCACCGGUUACCCAUUCAUCGACGCUAUAAUGCGCCAAUUGCGUCAAGAGGGUUGGAUACACCAUUUAGCGCGUCAUGCUGUUGCUUGCUUUCUAACGCGUGGCGAUUUGUGGAUCUCUUGGGAGGAGGGACAGAAAGUAUUCGAAGAAUUGCUGCUCGAUCAGGAUUGGGCAUUGAAUGCGGGCAAUUGGAUGUGGCUUUCAGCAUCGGCAUUCUUUUACCAAUAUUUUCGCGUCUACAGUCCCGUUGCUUUCGGCAAGAAAACCGAUCCAACUGGCGCUUACAUAAGAAAAUAUGUACCUGAACUUGCCAAAUAUCCAGCUGGUUGUAUUUAUGAGCCCUGGAAGGCAACUUUGAGCGCACAACGCGAAUAUGGUUGUGUGUUGGGCAAAGAUUAUCCACAACGCAUAGUGAAACAUGAAAUAGUGCACAAAGAGAAUAUCAAACGCAUGACCGCGGCCUACAAAAUCAAUCGCGAAGUGAAGGAGUGCAAAAGUCAAAGUGACGCAAGUGGAAAGGACAAACGUAAAAAGAUUAACGGUGAUUUUGGAAGUUUAAAAAGUGUUUAUUUAACUCAAGUGAAGUGAAGUGAUUUUAAAAAGACUUGAUAAUGACUUUUGAUAAUGAAGCAGAUAAUAAAAGGCGAAAUGAGCUAGCUGCUGUGGAUAUGCAUCAUUAUAUAAUGGCCUCACAAGCAUUGCUUAGGUCAGGCUUAGGUUGGACGGACGACCUCUAAGCCAGUAGAUGGUGAUGAAAAGUGCGAAGAAAUAUUAACGUAAAGCCACACACACGAAGUGCUUUCGUUUACAUAAAGAAACGGUAAAAAACAACAAAUUUGCUGAAAGUGCGUAUUAAGCGGCUUUUGAAGAAGGUAAACACUGUUAAGUGGAUAGAGGGCUUAAUGGCUGGUGUGAAAAAUUAAGUAAGUUCGAAGUGACAAAGUGGACGAUGAAAAGCUUAAAUAUUUAAAAUAAAAUAUAAAAAAUAAAAUGAAAUAAAACGAAAUAAAAUAAAAUAAAAUAAAAUAAAAUAAAAUGAAAUAAAA